AACGCUUCGAACCUUGACGUUGAUUCUACGACGGCUUCGCGGAUAGAAGAAGAAACUUUUCUGUAAUAUUACUGCCAUGUCAUUUCCCUCACUGCGCAAGGAACGAGAGCAACACCAUUUUUGGAUGUUUGCGAUGCAAGCGAUCACUAUCCGUCUUGCCUUUGAUCGACCACCACGAAAUGAAGGAUAUAUCUGGACGUCUUGGAGAAUACAUGCUCAAGGGCUGGGUAUUAACCGACCGCACUUGUCAAAAUUCUGGAUGUAAUGUUCCUCUGAUGCGAUCUCCCAGCGGCCGGACACCAGUCGUUCAUUAUUGCGCUAGCUGCGAUGAAAAUCCGGACACCAAUCUACCACUGGUCUCAACAACGUCGUCCUCCAGCGCGUCGUCGUCUGCCUCACAAGCCACCCGCAUUUCGACCCCCCCAACCGAAAUUUCCAGCGGCCUUGGCUCGCCCACCUUUGUUCUACCUCCCGAGACCGGAGAAAGCCGGCGCCGACGAGAACAGUCCGACAUGGCCUCUGUGGAGCUCGGCAAACGUUUGCUACAGGGCUGGGCUAUGCUGGGAGAUGAAUGUCCAAAUACACAGUGUUUUGGUGUACCGUUGGUUCGUCCUCCCAAGACAGCGGCGCGUGAUUCCAAUAAGGAAUGCGUGAUCUGCGGAUCUAUCUACGUGACUGAAAUUGACUGGGCUGGAAGAGAACGCCUUGUUCUUUUGGACUUUCCGCCGCCACAAGCUGAAAAGACUCUGACCGAAGCGAGGUCAAUCCCAAAAUUGUUGAUCCCGUCCCCCAAAACUCCCGUGAAGUUAGAGCCUCAAGUUUCCACAACUAUUACUCGAACACCCGACACUCACCUUAAUACUACCCUUCCUCUGUUAAGAGAUGCAAUCAAAGCAUUGGAGCACACUCUUCAAAUGCUUACACUGAAGCUAACUGCGCUUUCCGAUGGGCGCCUCCCGAUAGAUCCCUUGGCAAUAUCCAAUGCCACGGACGCCAUCAGUAAGACGACUCAGGCAUUAUCUCACGUCAAGCAAUUGGAAUGGAGUGAGAUGCAGAAUCUGGCACUCUGAUAAGCCUCCUAGGGUUAUGAGUUCGUUUAUACCAGCGUGUAGUACGUCAUCUUCUGAAUGAAGGAAUACAGAUGAAGACUACGUUCAUACCAACCACGAUAGACUAUCAAUACGUCAGUGCGUAUUCUGAAGGCAAUUGAGCUGCCGACCGGAAAGCAUGGGUGCCUCAUGUUUUUCAUAUGGCCACGGUAUAAGAUGUACGGGUGAAUCGUCUUAUCUAGGUUUCCUAUGGCGGAGGAUUCUGCUAUGGAUGUUUGGAACGAUUACCCUCAGACAUACG